UAUACGCAUGCGUAAAGAGUCGUAAUUCAGUCACACUAUUAACAAUCUGCAAUGUAUGUCGAGUAUCGUUGUGUGAUUACGUUUUAAAUAAUAUCGUAAAAAGUCAUUCAAUUUUAAAUGAUUUUAAAUAUUCUUGUAUAGAGUAAUUGUAAUAUUUUAAUUAUUUAAAUUUGUAUCUACUAAUACAGAGUAAUAUGGCGACCAUUGGAAAGAUACGAAAUAUUUGUCUUCGCUUAUAAUUGACAAACAUAGUAUCUUUAUACUGAAAGGAAUUGUACUAAACUUAAGAAUUUUAAAAAACUGUUGCCAACCGAUAAAGCUAAAAAAGUUAUUAGUCUAUCAAAUUUCAAGUGCCAAAUAUUAUUAGAAAAAUGCUAUAAACAUACAUAAUUAAAAUUUCGAUAUCUAUAAUUUAAGAUACUAGGUAUAAACUUUACAUAUAUAUGUAUAUGCACAUUUUUGUGGCAAGAAAUAAAUAAUUUGUUAUAGAUGUUUCACAUUUCUGAAAUUAAAAAGUUACUCGAGCAUAUUUUUGUCCAAUUGUGAACUAGCAGCAUCUGUCAUAGCAUUUUGUCUUGUAGAUAACAUUGUUCAAAAUGAGUUCAGGAUUUAUAUCAGAAGCAGAGAUUGCUGAACAACGAAGAGUAAGACAGCAAGAAUGGGAACGUGUAAGAACUGCAGACCAACCAUUAGAAGCUCCAGAAGAGCCAUAUGAUCCAAGAUCAUUGUAUGAACGGUUACAAGAACAAAAGAAUAAACGAGAUGCAGAAUACGAAGAAGCACAUAAGCUAAAGAAUAUGAUAAAAGGUUUAGAUGAUGAUGAAGUAGAAUUUCUGGAUUUAGUAGAUAGAACUAAGUUAGAAGAAGAACGUAAGAAGAAUCUUGAAGAAGAAAAAGAAAUGCGUGAUUUUAAAGCUGCGGUUGCUUCCUUGCAAGAAAAGUCAUUGAACGAAAAGUUAAAACAAGAAUUAAAAAAUCCUCAAAUGGCAAAUAAAAAUGUUUCUUCUGGAAGUCGCACUUCACAAUUGAAACUGCUAGCUGGUGUUGUAGUCAAGCGCUCUGAAAAGCAAAAACCAGGGGAAACCACUCGAGGUGUUAAGAGAAAACUAUCAUCCGAUGAGAGUAAAGAAUCAUCUAAGAGUAAAGAUUGUGAAGAAGACGAUCAGAAAGCAAAUGAAAAUAUAGAAUGUGAGACUGAAAUGAUUGAAGAUGUCUCUGUACAAAAUAAAACUAUAGUAAAUGAUAUAGGUGGUAUGAAAUGCAUUGGCAUCUUACCUGGACUUGGCUCUUAUGAAGAUUCUAGUGAUAGCGAUUGCAGUUCAGAUACAGACCAAGAUCCAGAAUUAGAUAAUUCCAAAUAUGAUCUCCUAGGUCGAAAAAUAAAUCUUGUGAAAGUGAAAAUUGUAAAAGAAAAGAGCUGAAUAAGGAAUGCUUUCAAGCACUUUUUUAUUAAUAUAUAAAUUACCACUUUUGUUUUACAAUUCAUUGUAAUUGUGAAAUACAAAUAUAUUUUUUCCAAU